AUGGCCACAUGUCGACUACGGAAAUCGCUGGACAUCACCUGGGUCACCGCCGACGACAGCAUCAUAAUCACCGCAGCAGGCAACCCGAUCCCACGACACGCCACUUCCAAAGCCAUCACUGCCAUGGCUAAAAACCAUCUUUUGAAUCGCCUCCUGAGCAAGCCGGAUCAGGGCAAAGCUAUUAAACUCACUGCCCAACAUCCGGCAAGUAACCACUUUCUCAGAGAUGGUCGCUACACCUCUUUCGCCGACUGGAGGUUCAUACACAGGGCUCGACUCAGCGUGGUCCCCCUGAAUGGCCUCCGUCGGUUUGGCCAGUCCUCAUCCAAAUGUCGUCGUUGCAGCUACCCGAAAGAGACCCUCGCCCAUGUGCUGAAUCACUGCAACCGUAACCUACACCUUGCGACGGAGAGACACAACGCCAUAUUGGACAGACUACGACGCGCCAUUCACGACAAAGACUUAAUCAUCCGCACCAAUCAACGUGUUCCUGACUACGAGGGAAAUUGUCGACCUGACAUCGUGGCCAUCGACGAAGCAACCAAAACAGCAACAAUCGUGGACGUGGUGGUUCCCUUCGAAAAUGGUCAUGAAGCUUUCAACAACGCAAGACAGAAGAAAAUCCAAAAAUAUCGCCCACUUACUCAACACUUCAGGACAAAGGGCUACGACACGUUCUGCGAUGCUUUCGUCAUUGGGUCACUUGGUGCCUAUGACCCUGGCAACAUCGCAGUGCUUCAACGUUUAGGAAUUGGAAGAAACUACUCUAAACUCAUGGCCAAACUAAUGGUAAGUGACCCCAUUAGAUGGAGCCGUGAGAUCUACAUGCAACAUCUAAACCGUGGACAUUUCUACAACGAACAACGUCGACAUCCUCCCUCAAAUGGACAAUCUCAACACAAUCAUCCAAGCCAAACAUCCAGACCUGGCAACAACGAUCGGCCACAAAGACACUAUCCUGUUCGUGCCAACCAACGUUUGGACUCUGCCUAA